AGAUCGCAAUGAAUUUACCUCGGAGUGGCUUGGACUUUCAACCACCUUUGCUGCUGCUGCUGCUGCUGUGGAUCGCAUGCGCCACUGCCAGGGUGUCCAGGGACGAAUGGGAGUCGUUCAAGGCGCAGUAUGGCAAGUGGUACAACGAAUAUGACAAUAUUCGCCACUAUGGCAUAUACAAUCGGACGGUGCAGAUGGUGCAGCAGCACAACAGCCUGUUUGCUGCGGGCAGUGUGAGCUUCGAAAUGGGACUCAAUGAGUACUCCGAUACCAUGCAAAAUCUGCUCCCGUUCGAAGCGGAAGAUCCCCCGCAGCCGUACCGAUCGGAUAUACCCGUAUCGAGCAUCCGAAAACCGCCCAACUACAAGUAUUACGAUCAGAUAAGAUGUGGCAGGGACUGGCGAAAUUGCGGAAUUAUAUCGCCGGUGGGUAACCAGGGCAACGAAUGCCUCUCCUGCUGGGCCUUUGCUGCUGCGGGUGCCAUCGAGGCACAUCUGGCACUGAAGAGUAAUCGACUGGUGCAGCUCUCGCCCAAGCAGCUGCUCGACUGUUCGAAGCUGCUCAACAGGGGCUGCGGGGGCGGGUGGGUGAGUGUGGCAUACACCUACGUGAAGAACAAUGGCAUUGCCAGGAGGUCGUCCUAUCCGUAUAGGCCACAAACGGAAGACUGUCGCUACAGCAAGUCACAAAGUGCGGGCAGUGUGCUCGGCUACGUAACCCUGACUGCCAAUGAAAGGGAACUCGCCGAAUUGGUCUAUAACGUUGGCCCCGUCACCGUCUCCAUUGACCAUAUUCAUCCAGAGUUUCAGCACUAUUCGCGGGGCGUAUUGAAUGUAAAAGAGUGCAGAUCGGAUAGGGCAAAUCUGCGGCAUGCCAUGCUGCUGGUGGGCUUUGGCAGCGACCCAAAGUUAGGCGACUACUGGCUGCUCAAGAACUCAAUGGGCAGAUCCUGGGGCAUAGACGGCUAUCUGAAGCUGGCCCGUAAUGCGGGCAACAUGUGUGGCGUCGCCUCCAUUCCACAAUAUCCACUCGUAUAAGUUUGUGAGUCAUAUUUUUGCAAUAAAUAAUACAAAAAUCUCUCACUUAUGGGGGGGCUUUGUAUUUUUUGCGCACUGGCCAGGCUGUCGUUUGGGGACCAGGGCCAGGCCAUCAAAUAAAAGAGUUCAUUUGACCAUUU